GCAGGCUGCUUUCUCAGGAGCGUGUGCGCGCACUUUCCUUUGUGUCACUUCAAGAAGGGCUCUGAUAUUAUUAUUACUUUAAAUAUAGCUUGCCCUGGGGCGGGGAAAUGCACAAGGAAAGAGCCGGCGAGCAGCCUAUCUCUCAGAAGAAAAGAGCAAGCCUCGCAGCACAGGAACUGGCUUCACUCAAGUGUGCAGUUUAGAAGUCAAAAAACUAUUUGAAAUACCACCUUGUGGAGGAGGCUGAAGAAAAAAGACACAGAACUGGCUAAACACAGCGAAGAAUAUUGUAAACCAGGGUGCAAAGUGCAUCUGUUUGCGGUUUGAAACUGGGCUCUGAAGUGCAAUGUAAGUCUUCCUUAAAUUGUAUUCUUUUAUAACAGUAUCUAGUUGUUUAAUUUCCAUUCUGAAGCCAUGCUGGGCCAAAAGGUACAAUUAGCUACAAAAAUCAGCAUGGAGCAGAAUGUGUAUUCUCUGAUAUGAGGCUGAAAAUGGUUCUGAAAUACAACAGAAGACAGAGACUAUCAGCCAUAUUAUGGAAGAUGCACUAUAAAUAAGAGCAUAUUUAAUUAUUUCAAGAAAAAGAUGCUGGAUGGAAUCAUUAAUCAACUUUCUUAAUAGAGAAGCAAGAGCUUUGCUGUUUAAUACAGCAAGAUAUUUUAAUACUGCUGUGUUUAAAACUGUGUGAUAGCAGUUACCAAUAGCAAUAAGAUGUAGCUCCAGAGGGGAGUCCUAGUGGUUGCAAAAGUUUUAUGUCUUUUAUUUCUCCAACAUUUUUGCUCUCUGAAGCCUCAAGUCCACAUUCUGUAUCCUACAGCCCGGUUUUACUUUUCAGCUGGAUGUUCAAUAUAUGCUAACACUGGACUUCCUCUGGAACUGAAAACAAAACAUUUCAGCUUUUGGAGUUAUUCUGGUAUGUUUUUCUUCAUUGCACCGGUGGCAAAAAUACAGUCGACAAAAGAUUGUGCACCCUCAACUUCUGGCAUGGAGAGCUGAGGAAUAUAAUGCCCAAUGGUGACAAAGGGUGAUAAUUUCCUGUUUUUCACAAUUUAUCUCUGUGGUUUUGGACUUAGCAAUGGAUAUUCUUUGUGAUGGAGAGAGCUCUGUGAACCCAACUGCAAACUCCUUCAUACAAAUAAACCAUGAGAGAAGAUUCUACAGAAAUGUUUAUGGAGCUGGAGAAAUUAAUAUAUCACAUCUCUGCAACUUGACUGUGAACUCUGACAACCUAACCAAUCUUUCAUGUGAAAAUAACAUGAGCCCACCGUGCUGCUCUUCACAGAAAAACUGGCCAGCUUUGCUGACAGUGAUAGUGAUUGUUUUAACCAUUGCUGGAAAUAUUCUCGUCAUCAUGGCUGUUUCACUGGAGAAAAAACUACAGAAUGCCACUAACUAUUUUCUAAUGUCACUUGCAAUAGCUGACAUGCUGCUGGGUUUCCUUGUCAUGCCUGUGUCCAUGUUAACCAUACUGUAUGGAUACGAAUGGCCUCUGCCCAGGAAGCUGUGUGCCAUUUGGAUCUACCUGGACGUGCUGUUCUCCACAGCAUCCAUCAUGCACCUCUGUGCCAUCUCGCUGGAUCGCUACAUUGCCAUCCGGAACCCCAUCCACCACAGCCGCUUCAACUCCAGAACCAAGGCUUUUGCCAAAAUCAUUGCUGUUUGGACCAUAUCAGUUGGUAUCUCCAUGCCUGUACCCGUCUUUGGACUACAAGACGACUCCAAAGUAUUUAAGAAGGACAUGUUUAAGAAAGACAUCUGCUUACUUGCAGAUGAAAAUUUCGUUCUAGUAGGCUCUUUUGUGGCAUUCUUCAUCCCUCUAACCAUCAUGGUAGUCACUUACUUUUUAACUAUCAAGUCGCUGCAGAAGGAAGCUAUGCUAUGUGUGAAUGACAUUGGCCCCAAGACCAAGUUUACCUCAUUCAGCUUCCUCCCUCAGAGUUCCCUGUCCUCAGAGAAACUCUUUCAGCGCUCCUUGAACAGAGAUACGGGGACUUCAGGGAGGAGAACCAUGCAAUCCAUCAGCAAUGAGCAGAAGGCUUCCAAGGUCCUUGGCAUUGUCUUCUUUCUGUUUGUUGUGAUGUGGUGCCCGUUUUUCAUCACCAAUGUGAUGGCUGUUAUUUGCAAGGAGUCAUGCAAAGAAGAGGUCAUUGGAGGACUCCUUAACAUAUUUGUUUGGAUUGGCUACCUUUCCUCGGCUGUCAACCCACUCGUGUACACAUUGUUCAACAAAACCUACCGCUCAGCUUUCUCUCGCUAUAUCCAGUGUCGCUACAAGGAGGAGAAGAAACCUUUCCAGCUGAUUUUAGUGAACACUAUCCCAGCACUUGCAUAUGACUCCAGACAGCUCCAGCUAGCACAAAUGAAGAGCUUGAAAAAAGAGGCAAAAAUGAUGGCCAAAGAUUACUCAGCAGUCACGAUAGGAACACAUCGUUUAGAUGGUACCUCCAAGGGAAGUACCGGCCCAGGGAACGAAAAGGUUAGUGGUGUGUGAUGGUCAGCAGCUGCCCUGAGAGCCACUCUGUGUGUGCUGAUAAUUCCACCUGCUGUGAGAAGCUCUGAUAGCUUAGGAAAAUCAGCUGUGUUCAAGAGACCUUCCAACAACAUCCUGUACUCCUCACAUUAUCCUGUGGAUGAAAAGCAGGGUUGAAGGGAUAUCAAAUGUGCAAUUUUUUUUCAUACAGUACGUUGGCUGUUUUAAGCACAGGCUUUAUUAAACUUAUUUUUUUAAUAUUCUAAAGGAUAUAUUUCUUAAAGAAAAAAAAAUGCAAUUUCUGGUAUUAUAAUAUGGGCUGUGAAGAAACCUACGCAUUUCUUUUCUCUUUGCAAAUGAAAGCUAAGCUGUCCUUUGAUGUUCUUGCAAAGUAGGCUCCAGCUAGUUUGUCUUGCUACAAAUGAGUUUUGUUAUCAUUAACUGAAUGAGCACUUUACAGAAUUUUAAACAAAAUGAUGGUUCAUUUGCUAAUAUAUAUUUAAAAUAAAUCUUAAAGUAUUUAAAAAAUCUAUUAAAACUGCUAUAGAUUAAUUAUAUGGACAUUUUGUUAACUGUUUUUAUGCAGUUUUUUCUUCCUCAGUAACCAUCCUGAAAUGUCCCUGGUUUUUUCUGCCAUUUGUUCUGUAUUUCAAAUAAGCAAUCUUCAAAGGUAAAUUAUACUUGAAUUAUCCUCUGUUUCCACCAACACUUAUAAUCUUUAUUUCAGGACUAGCAAAUUAUUUGCAUUCAAAAAUUUCAUGUGUUCAGCUUAAAAAUUGAAAGUAAUAUUUUCAAAAUUAUUGGUCUUAAUUCCCUGCUCCCUCCCACUGGUGUUGACAGGAAGGUGAAGUGAGAGAACAGUGGAAAACCAGGCACAACAUUGCUAAAUAAUUUCAGCGCCACUUCCAGAUUCACGACUCUGUUCAGUUCCAACAAAGUCUGAUUUAAGUAAUGUCAGAGGAAACUCUGCAUGAGUAAAGUCUUCAGUAAAAGGUUGAAGUAGAUUCUCUCUCAUCACUUCUCCUUGGUAAAAAAGGGCCAUUAUGAAGAAUGUUCUGGUUUUGGUUUAGGGCUUGUAAAGCCAGAAUUAUUAGAAAACUGUUUGUUACUAAAAAUAGUUUUCCCUUGUUUGACUGUAUUGCUGUUAAGGCAGAUUGCUCAGGAAUGGUCAGAAGAUUGCACUACUAGGACUCAGCCUUAAUGAAAUAUGUAUGGGCAAAUGGGGCUCACUUGAAAAAUAACAGGACCUGUAAACAGCACUGCAUUUCACCUGCAUAGAGCCAAGGGCAG